UUACCAUAUCCGCUACGAUGUGGGAACACUCCUAAUGUAGUGUUUGAUGGUUUGACUCGGGAGAAACGACAGCUUUACCGCACCCACUGUGUUGUUUAUAAUAUUAUUAGUGUGCUGAGCUCGUGCUGUGGUCGUUGUGAACAAGUACAGGUCUACGUUUCUGUGUGUCGGUCAGAGUUUCUUCCAAGGGCAUCAUCACUGAGCGACACGGUGCGGCAGUGAUGCGCACAGUUGACGGCAGGACACAUCCAGUGUGAGGGAGCGGGGUUUGUGCUCGAGGUGCCCGGUUUUCACAGCUUUUCUCGGUGAAAAUCGCCUGCUUUGCUUCCAGCUCUCUGACUGCUGCUGCUUCACCUGCUUUAGGAUGCGACGACGUCAUGAGUUGAUGGCGCCUGCUGCUGCUGACAGAUGUUGCUGUGCUGCAGUUGCACGGGCAUAAAUUCUGCGCCUGUACUGCCGCUCGCUGUGUUCUGCUCAUUCUGUGCAUUUUGUUUUAUUUUCUAAAAGAAAUCCACAACCUUUUCUAAAUGAUAAGUCCUCGCGCUGUGUCCGGACACAUCGCAACAUUCAUCUAAUUUUCGGUGUUGCAUAAAAUGCUACCUGGAUCUGCCGCAUCAAUGCUACCGUCUGCAGAAGCUGCGAAAUUGUACCAGACCAAUUACGUCCGCAACUCCCGCGUCAUCGGACUUUUAUGGGCCAUCUUCACGAUCCUGUUCGGCAUCGUUAACGUGACCAUCUUCUCGCAGCCCUACUGGAUCGGGGAUGGCGUGGACACGCCGCAGGCCGGAUACUUCGGUCUGUUCCACUAUUGCAUCGGAGACGGAAUCUCCAGAGAGCUGGCCUGUCAAGGCAGCUUCACCGAGUUCGCCGCCAUCCCCUCCAGUGCCUUCAAGGCCGCCUCCUUCUUCAUCGGAAUGUCCAUGAUGCUCGUUGUCACCUGCAUCGGCUGCUUCAGCCUCUUCUUCCUCCUCAGCACGUCCACCGUUUACAAGAUCUGUGGCUGGAUGCAAGCGGCAUCAGGUGCCUCUCUGGUGCUGGGCUGUAUGAUCUACCCUGAUGGCUGGGACAGUGAGGAGGUGCGGCGGAUGUGCGGCGAUAAGACAGACAAAUACAGCCUGGGAGCCUGCUCAGUGCGCUGGGCCUACAUCUUGGCUAUUAUGGGCAUCCUCGAUGCUCUCAUCCUCUCUUUCCUGGCCUUCGUCCUGGGGAACAGACAGGACGGGCUCAUGUCAGAAGAGCUGCUGGCUGAAAGCAAGGAGGGAGGCAACGCCUAAUUCAAUCUAUACAGUCCCUGAUUCUCCAUGUGUCUGUUUUCAUAUUAGUCCCUUGACAUCAGCAUAGAGGGAGGAGGCAGUCCAGGUCUGUGGAGGAGAGGAAAAGUAUUCAACCAGCCAGCCUGCCUUUUACAUCUACCUGCCAAAAAAAAAAAAGCCAGUGUAACACUACUGUUGAAUCCAUUCUGCUCACAGUUCCCACGUCAUUCCCAGCAGUUAGAUGGAGCCCAGUGCUCUUUUAUCCCAUAGUGUCCAUGGAGCUAAGACUUGCACAACAUCGCAUAGACAACAGCAGGGGUAGAGACUGUUAUUCUUAUUGAGAUGUGUGUGUGAACUUGCCACUGCCGACUGGAGAAGGCACAAGGUUGACACCUGCAGUACGAGCACAGGCACACAAACACAUUAAACAUGUAAGGCACCUCCCUCUUAUUCACUAGAACGACUCUGUAUACUGCAUACAUAACAUUCAAUACCAACGCCACACAUUAACCAGUUGUAAUAACAAAUAUUAGUAUAUGUUAACACAUUAGGCGUGUGUAUCAAUGUCAGAAUGUGUCAUGUUUUCCUUUGUGAAAAGAAGAAACGGCUCAGUUCCAGAUAACGCUGGGUUACUGUAAAUCUAUUGUGUUUCAUAUGUAAGGUUUGACAACGACAUGACUCUUCUCUCAUAUGCUCCUUUGUUCAUCCCCAUUUACUAGAAAAUACGAUAUUUAAGACUGUUUUAUAAAAAGAUUAUCACCAAAAAGAGAGAGGGAAAAAAAGUAUUUACAAAGUAUGUACAGUGAAUAUUAACAAUGUUUUAGAACUUUUAACAAAACCCAUCCAAUGCCCUGCUAUCUAACUUUGCACAGAGCUUCAGUUUGAGGAAAUAAAAAAAAAAAUCUGAUAUUUUAUAGUCUGUACACUGUGACAGGGCUAUUAGGACUCUCUGCUGCAGGACUUGUAGUUGCUGUGUGAGUGUGCUUCUUUGUGUAUGAGUGUGUGAGUGUGUGUGGAUGCAGGGAGGGGCGUGUGAGUGCAUGCAGCGGGAAUGUGUCGUGUGCAACAGAUUGUUGAGCUGGUGAACCAAUAUUCCAGCCUCACACACAAUUGUGCUGUUGUGUAGCUAAAUCCCUCUCUGUCUUUCUCAUGUCCUGUUUCUCUCUUUGGCCUGUUUUUGUUUUGUUUUUUUCGCUUGGUUUUGUUGGGACAUACAGGGUAACACACUGGAGCUGGAGGAUUGUAUAAAUUGACAGAUGUGCCUGAGGACUGAACUCUGGAGAUAACGGAUCAGUAAGGCCUGUCCCAGCCUCACCUGUGGAUAUAUUCUUAUGUACUGCACAUAGAUAUUCUAUACAUACCAAACAAUUAGCAAAUGUGGACAAGGGGGUUAUCCUACAGCAAUUAAAGAGAUUCAUUUGAGAAUAUAUUAACACUUAGUAAAGGUUUUCACUGUAAAA